UUCCGGACUUUUCCUGCCCGUGGUCGCGGCUGGUUCGUCGUGUCGCCGCCCCACUGACCCUUUGCCGACUCGUGGCUCUUCUUGCAGCUGUCGCCGCCGCCGCCGCCGCCUCCGGCCGCUUUGAGAGAUCAUGGAGGGCUUCCGCCUCGCCGGGGCUCCAGGCUGGGUGCUCCUCCUGCUCGGCCUGAGUCUGGGAUCUGUCUCAUCUCUUAACUUCGAAAUUCAUCUGAAUGAUUCGGAUAAAAAUAUGUGUCUUUAUGCCAAGUGGCAGAUGAAUGUCACAGUAAGUUAUGAGACGACAAGCAAAGAUCGUAAAAAUGUGACCAUUUUUGACAGCAGCUAUCCAAGCGAAAAUGGAAGCAUUUGUGGAUAUGGCCAGAAUGGUUCCAAAAUUAGGCUGGACUUUGGACCUGGUUUUCUGUGGGAGGUGUAUUUUACAAAGGACAUGAAGACUUCAACUUACUCUAUUGAUGGUAUCUUAUUGUCUUACAACACCAGCAAUAACAACACAUUUCCUGAUGCUGAAGAUAAAGGAGUGCUGACUGUUCAUCACAACCUCACAGCAUCUGAGAUUCCACUGAAUUACAUCUUUAGAUGCAAUAGUUUAUCAGUUCUGGAAGAUAAAGAUGUUGUCCAAAAGUAUUGGGAUGUGCACGUCCAAGCUUUUAUCACAAAUGGUACAGUGAGCACAAAAGAGCACCUGUGUGUUGAUGAUGAAACUGCCACCACAGUGGUGCCCAUCGUUUCUACCACCCCACCAGCUCCCACCACCCCCACCCCCACCCCCAAGAAAAAUCCAGCGGUGGGAAACUAUAAGGUGGCAAAUGACAAUGGCACCUGCCUUAUGGCUACCAUGGGGUUGCAGCUGAACGUCACUCUUGAGAAGGAUUCUCUGCUUAUUAAUGUGGACCCCAAUGUAACUGACUCCUCCGGCAGCUGUGAGCCUCAAACUGCUCUACUGAAACUCAACAGCAGCAGCAUCAAGUUUCUUGAAUUUGUCUUCGCUGUGAAAAACAAAAACAGAUUCUAUCUGAAGGAAGUGAAUAUCAGCAUGUCUCUGCCUAAUGGCUCUGUUUUUAGCAUGGCGAAUACCAAUCUCAGUUACUGGGAUGCUCCCUUGGGAAGUUCCUAUAUGUGCAACCAAGAGCAGGUUGUUCCUGUGUCUGGAUCUUUUCAAAUAAAUACCUUUGAUCUGAGGGUUCAGCCUUUCAAUGUGAUGGAAGGAAAGUAUUCUACAGCCGAAGAAUGUUCUGCUGACUCUGACCUCAACUUUCUUAUUCCUGUUGCUGUGGGUGUAGUCUUGGGCUUCCUUAUAAUUGUCGUGUUUAUCUCUUAUAUGAUUGGAAGAAGGAAAAGUCGUACUGGCUAUCAGUCUGUGUAAUCUAUUUAAGUGGUUUUCUUUUCUUUUCUUUUCUUUUUGCCAUCAGAAAUUAUGUUUCCAUUGGCAAAAGACAGGCAAUGCUGUGCAAUCAAGACUUGCAGACUAACCUCAGUACAUAGCUAGAGGACGUGGGCAUGAUUAGCACUUCUUUUUUGGUUUGUUUUUGGGUCACACCCAGUGAUGCUUACAGGUCACUGCGGUCUCUGCACUCAGGAAUCAGUCCUGAUGGUGCUCACAGGACCAUAUGGAAAACCAGGGAGCAAACCCUGGCCAGGUACAUGCAAGGCAAGCACCUUACCUGCUGUACUAUCUUUCCAGUCUUCAGUUAGCAUUUCUUUAUGAAAACAAAAUCGAUUAGGACCAAUUCAUUAUUUGUUCCCCCUCUUUUUUCUUCCUUUGUUAAAGGGUAAUUAUGAAGAAAAAUGUGACUUAGAUAUUUUUAAGUAAAUAGUGGUGUUAAGCCACUGGGUACAGUGAUGAAAGCAUUCUCCAUUCUUAUGAUUUUUAUUAAUGCCCUUACUUUGUAUUUUGCUACUGAGGAUUCAGUUUAUUUUUUUCAAAUCCUAGGAAUUUCACUCAUUUCAGGAAAUAAGCUCAAGAACCCAUUAAAUUCAUUUUUAUUGGUAGCAGACAUAAAGUUUGGUGCCUAGAAGACUUUUUCCCACCUCCUAAUCAGAAUGAAUUAUAUCUAUUUCUCUGUUUAAAAGGAGAAAGAAAAGAAAUGGCAGCAUUAUUCUGUGUUUAAUAUCAAAAGUAUGGCUGUGACUACUAUUUUUGUUUUGUUUUGUGUUUGGAACUCCUCCAGAGAUGCUCAGGGUUUACUCCUGGCUCUGCACUCAGGAAGUUCUCCUGGGAGUUUUGGGGGACCAUAGGGGUGCUUGGGAUUGAACCCAGGUUAGCCAAGUGUGAGGCAAGUGUCCUACACAUUAUACUAUCUCUCCAGCCCCCACUAUGUUUUGGACAAGAAGUCUUUGCCCCUUUCCCUUCUGGAAUUUUAAAUACAUUGAUUUUUCUCACAGAUGACAUUUAUGUUGAAGAAUGAAGUUAAGAUUUUUGGCUUUCUUUAAGGUGUUGUUCUAGAAGGGAUUAUGAUUUGGGGGCUAGAAUUUCAAAUGUUCUUUCCAAUAGAGACUUAAUUUGUUUCAAAAGUCCAUACCUCCUCUGCUAAAAAAUAACAAAAGCAAAAAAACACCAAAAAAAACAAGACUUUAUACUUUAUGUGCCUACAGCACUUUUCUUUUUCUAUAUAAUCAAAUUCUUACUGAGAUAUAUGUAUAUAUGUAUAAUGUAUGUAUAUAUAUACAUAUAUAUAUCCAUUUUGGGAUCAAACUCAAGGCCUCACACAUACAAUGCAAGUAUUCUACCCUGACCUUCAUCUCUGGUUCUUAACUAUAUACAUAUGUAUGUACAUAUUUUUGGUAGGGGGCAGCUGGGGUCACACCUGGUGGUGCUCAGGAGCUACUCCUGGCUCUGUGCUUGGAUGCCACUCCCCAGUCCUCAGGGGACCAUGUGGUGCUGGGGAUUUCAGCCCUUUGAGCCAUCUCUCCACCCCCCUCAUGGAUAUGUAUAAGCUAUUAAUUUCUUUUGCAUUGCAGCAUUCAGUGCUAAGUCUAGAAACUAAAGUGCCAUGUAUCAGAAGGCUGCCUAGGCAGAGCUAGACAGGGCUAACCUCUAAGCAAGUCGGUCCCGAUGCUGACAUUUCCCUGUCAAAAUCGCUCAUGCACUGGCUUUUGGUAAAGGUAUUAGAGACAGCUCAAGUCAGGCAUCUGCUUGAUUAGCAAAGCUAUUGAAUUGCUCUCUUAUUUGCAAAUAGUGUUGCAUUUUUCUGAGGCUCCAAGGAUUGAUUUGCACACCUACAAUAAAUAGAUAUUUACUUUAGCAUACUGUUAUAUGUAACUAAAGAGAAAAGUUUCCCAAGAUCUGCCUUCACUUAAAAAUGUUCCUUGGAUCCCAAACAACAAACAAUUGAACCUAAAAUCUUAAAUACAAUUUGUUAUUCAGUCCAAGGAUGAAGUUCCCAUCUACCUCUUAGCCCAAAACAGAUGCAUGCAUUGUUUGCUGACGUUGAUGGAUGCCAGAAUACUUUGUCAAUAAGGAGAAUUAGAAAAUUUAUUCCAUCACAACAAAGACAAUUCAUCAUCAUCUUUACUCUCUUAUCGAUAUGUGUGUCUCAAAAGUCUAUAUUUCAAACUGAAGUCAGCAACUUGUUCAAUUUUAUCUCACUCAAACCCAAUUCUGACUUGCAGAUUCUGGUUGCUAAGUACAAAGAGAAUGCUUUCUUUUACAAUGUUCCCUUUUGAAAAAAAAUUGCUGCUUUCCAAUUUGGUCCAAAAUGAGGCCUCCAGGAACAAUACUAGCUUCAAGAAAUAUUUUUGUGAUGAUUUUCUAGAAGCCAGAUGAUUGAAAUCAGCAUGUGACCUUGCUGAGUUUCUUUGGAAAUCCAGAUCAAUUCAGUAUGAGGAGUUCAUUUAUAAGAUGUCGCUGCCUUUUGGGUUGGAGACUAAUAUGGCUUAACUCUUCACUAGGUAUCAUGGUUUUAUCUUAGGUAAUUAGCAAACAUGUUUGAUUGUUGGAAGAAUUAAGAUGAAAAUAUAAAAUAGUAACAGGAUUAAAACAAAAGCUGUUUGAAUUGCAAUUAAAAAACAGGAAAUCCAAAAUUCUAUAAACUGAAUGUUCAGUGAACUUUCUCCUUUACUGGUUCAUUUUAUGUGAGUACAACCACACCUCACUAUGAGCACAUAAAGAAUUGUAUGUCACCUAACUAUCUAUGGAAGAAGUAUUGCUUAAUGCUACCUGAAACUUUGGAUCUAUUACUUUAAUCAAUUAAUCAAUACUUGAAAAAUAAAGCCUUCUGUGAAACUCU